CACAUUAGGUACUGCCAAAAUAGAAAGGUAAACAUUUAAUUACAUUCAUACCUGUAUAACCUACAAUGAAAUGCAAUACAAGUACAACACAAGUGUCAACUAACAACACUUGUAAUCAGUACCUAUUCACGAGUGUGAUUUUGACAGUAAAAUUACAUAUUGUGCAAAUCAUUGCUCUAAAAUUGUAUUUAGUUUUACUCAUUGCAUAAUCCAUGACACAACACCCUUGUAUAUUCAUUGUUUUCAUUAGGUCCCUUUCCACAGGUGUAUAAAAUCAAGCACCUUGACUAUGAAUGCAGACAGCAUGGUGUUUGAUUAAUACACCUGUGGAAAGGGACCUGAUGAAACCCAUGAUUAUUGCUAAAACAUAAAACACAUCAAUGAUGUACAACUAAUACUAGACUAAGAUUUUGUCAAUAACUUGACGGAAUAAGGCGAGCUUGAUGUUGACAUAAAUUAUUGUUAAUGUUACAAUGAAAUGACCGCCACAUUCAAUGUCACAGGAUCAUACGUUUCAACGUUUCAUAACUACAUUACCAAUAAUAAAAUGAGAACAGAGAUGGGUAACGUUAAUCACUAAAGCUAAAGAUCAAUGUAUCCGUAGUGGAGUCUAACUUUCUCUAUCGUUUAUUGUAAAUGGGGUAACGUAACGUUAACAGCUAGCUUAUUUCACCUGCUAGAAGGCGCAAACACAACUCCGUUCAUUAUUUGUAGUAGGCUAACUUGUUAGCAGCACUAACUAUGAGUUUACCCGGUUAGCUUGCAGGAUACAUAAUCAUAAGAUGUCUGAACACAUGCCUUUAAGAGACAUACAUGAACACGGUUCAACUUACCAGCAAAUUCAGGUGGGUUAGAAUCAGUCUUCGACUUCGGUGGCUUCGCAGUAAACGUAGCAGUAGCCUAGCUUGCCAGUCUCGUAAUCGUAACGUAUUAGCUGUUUAGCUGAACAAGCCGAGCAGAACAGAUCACCUGUUCGGCUCAGUUUCGCACAAAGCCCGCCCUUUCACCCAUUUGAUUGGAUUGGCCAGAAUGUGGGCGUGGUUAUGAUUUCCCAAGAUUUCCCAAGAUGGCGCCGCCCAUACCCCCCAUAAACGGCUUCAUUUGAGUUCUUCAGAAAUCUAUGGGUGACGUCACAGACGCUUUGUCCAUAUUUUUUACAGUCUAUGGUACUAACACGGUUUCUUGCAAGCGCUGGUUGACCCGCCUCCUUUAAGUGCCUGGAUUUGCUACUGGUAGAUGUCAGAAAGCGGUUUGUCGAGUUUAAACCAAUAACAACACUCUUUCCUCUGCCUUGAACACGCCUCUACCCAGAGCCGUUGGAGCUGCUCAAAGUUGAUUGGUUCUCGACCAAAGGGGGCAGUUCCGCAGAUUUCGGGAACUCAGAAAUCCUUCUCAAUGAGCAGUUGACCAGACCAGCAGCAAAAGCCUGAAGGCGUUGCGUCACUGGGAGGGCGUGCCAGGCUAACAGUCUUGUACCUUUCGCCUUUUUUACAUUUUCUGUUCAUUUUUUCACUCGAAAUUAUAAGUUAUAUGCUUAUGAGUCACAUCGUAGCUGGUUAGCCUAAGGCAUGGUCUAAAACUCUUUAUAUCCGAAUUUUUCCAGAAGUCAAUGGGAGAAAUGAAUGAGAAUUUUACUUCCGGACAAGCACCUCUCUCGGAGGAGGGGCGGGACUGGGGAGCUCUAUUUCUAGAGUCUAUGCAACAACUUGAGUGCAACAAUUACAUUCUGAGACGCGGAAAUAAACGCGUCUCUAUAAAAGAAGAUGACAUGUUUGUCCACAAAGUUGCGACUAUUUUUCAGGUGGUUGAGCAUACCCUCUACUUAACUGAUGACACAAACACCGCAAUUUUCCCUGAGGAAAGUGAUGGCCAUUUCAGCUCCAUAGCACUGGUGGACAAGGCCCAUUAUGAGGUUUGCGGCGAUAGUAUUGAACUACCUGGAGCCCAGGCAGCUAGGUUUUCUUUUACCCGGCCACUGCCCACCGCAGCAUCUGGCUCAGCCUCUGCUUUAAGGGCCUCUGCAGCAGCCAGAGCAUCCGCCGCGAAGGCCCUUCAAAGUCGCCAUGAAGAUACAGGCCUUGAUGAGGUGAAGUGUCAAAUUGAGGAAGUUGUUCUAGCAUCCCAGGGCCUUGGAGAAGUACUGGAAAAGAUCAACAAGCUGGUGGAUUCCGUGGGCACCGAUUGUAGGACCUUACUGUACCUGACGUCAGCCCAGGUUGAUGCCGUUAAACACGCAUUUGCGUGUAUCAUUUGUACAAAUCCAGUCAAAGACCCAUACGUCUCAACCUGCUGCAACAGCAUCAUUGGCUGUGCUGUUUGUAUCGACAGACUACAACAAACCACCACAUCCUGCCCUAAAUGCAGGGCAGAACAUUUCUACCCGCACAAGCUCGGUGGCCUGGCUGAAGCCAUGUCGGCUCUGGGGGAUUUAUUGGAGUAAUGAAUGAAUGAAUACAUAUACUGUACAUUCAUAUAUAUGCGUAUGAAUAGAUUUUCUAAAGUACAGUGUUACAUUUGCCAAGUCAGUUUAACUUUAACGUACAGUACUACUGUAGGUGACCUCAAAAAAGAUCUGUUUCUGUUCUUUUAAACAGAUGUUCAUUUCUAUCAGAGAAAGUGUUCCUAGAAAUGUUAU